GUGAGGAAUGGUUUCACAACCCCUUAUGCCCCCCCUGAUAUUCUUUUGAGUUUUGAAUCUACAAUUUCUUGACCCAUUUUUUUUCAACAAAUUUUUGCUUGUAAAAUGGCGAAAACCAGCUAUUGUGCAGCUCCUCUCAUCCUUCUACUCCUUUCGACCUCCUCUUUAAUGGUGGUGGUGGAGUCCGCCAUUGGAGUAAAUUGGGGAACCGUUUCAUUUCACCGGCUCACUCCCUCCAUUGUCGUCCGUCUCCUCAAGGACAACAAGAUAUCGAAAGUGAAACUCUUUGGUGCGGACCCAGAUAUUCUUUCAGUUCUUAUGGGUACUGGGAUUGAGGUUAUGGUGGGCAUUCCCAACGAGAUGUUGUCCGACUUAAGCUCGUCCCCUAAUGUUGCAGAUUUGUGGGUUCGCCAGAAUAUAUCCAGAUAUUUGGUUAGAGGUGGUGUUAAUAUCAGGUAUAUUGCUGUUGGGAAUGAGCCAUUCCUCACCAGCUAUUCAGGUCAAUUCCAAUCCUAUGUUGUCCCUGCUCUGCUCAAUCUACAACAGUCCCUAGUAAAAGCAAAUGUGGCAAAUUUUGUAAAGCUAGUAGUCCCUUGCAAUGCUGAUGCAUAUGAGUCUACUGUUCCUUCUCAAGGAGCCUUCCGCCCUGAACUGACCCAAAUCAUGACUCAACUUGUUUCCUUCCUCAACUCGAAUGGUUCCCCCUUCGUUGUCAACAUCUAUCCUUUUCUGAGCCUCUAUGGAAACUCAGAUUUCCCCCAAGACUACGCAUUCUUUGAUGGCACAUCUCACUCUGUCACAGAUGGGCAAAAUGUUUAUUCUAAUGCUUUUGAUGGCAAUUUCGACACACUAGUAGCUGCUCUUAACAGAAUUGGAUAUGGUCAGAUGCCCAUAGUCAUUGGUGAGAUCGGCUGGCCCACAGAUGGAGUUCUGAGUGCAAAUCUCACUGCUGCAAGGGCCUUCAACCAGGGUCUCAUAAAUCAUGUCCUUAGUAACAAAGGAACCCCUCUGAGACCAGGUGCCCCACCAGUAGAUGUCUAUCUUUUCAGCCUUCUUGAUGAAGGAGCAAAGAGCGUACUUCCUGGGAACUUCGAGAGGCACUGGGGGAUAUUCUCUUUCGAUGGUCAGGCUAAGUACCCACUGAACCUUGGCUUGGGCAAUGGGCUAUUGAAGGAUGCGGAGGACGUUCAGUACCUUCCAUCAAAGUGGUGUAUUGCGGAUCCAUUGAUGGAUCUCUCAGGUGUGGUUAACCAUUUCAAACUUGCUUGCAGCGUUGCAGACUGCACAACACUCGAUUAUGGGGGAUCAUGCAAUGGAAUUGGAGCAAAGGGGAACAUCUCAUAUGCCUUCAACAGUUAUUAUCAGCUGCAAAAGCAGGAUGCACAUAGUUGUGAUUUCGAUGGGCUUGGUAUGGUCACUUUCCUUGAUCCUUCCGUUGGCGACUGCAGGUUCCUUGUUGGGAUCAAUGACAAGAAUUCUGGUGUCCGGCUACAUCAUGAAUAUUUUGCUGCUUGGGGUAUAUUAUUGGGGGUUUCUGUUUUACUAUGACUAUCUGGUUUUCUAUGAUGUGAAAUGGUUUCAUAAGUGUGGUUUUUUCACGGUCCCUUCUUCUGAAACCGGUAUGAGUUACUGCACAAUACAUAUAGUGUAAUACAUAUAGAGAGGGAGAAAUAGAUAUGUAUCGUUGUAUUUUUUUACAGUCAUGAGAACACAAAGUAGUUCAUCAUCAUUUUGUAACUGUUAUGAUUCAUUUGUGAAAGCUUCUCUCUUGGGAAACUAACGGAUUUUUGGUUGAAUGUUUGGAACA